AUGUCUCCUUCUCUCUUUGAUCAAACACCCUCUAAGAAGGCAGCUGCUGACCUUUCUUCUCUUAACCUCACAGGCUCUUCUGCAUCUACAAAAUUUACCCCUACAGCAGGUAUCAAAUCUUCUUCUCUGUCACUUGAGGAAUCUUCCCAACCCAUUGUCAAAAUGUCACUGCUUGAGCAAACAAAGGCUAAAGAGCUUGCUGCCGCCAAUGGUGGAGCCGUCGUUACUGUCCCUAGUGCAAUCAACACAAUGACUCCUGAGUUUCAACGCGCUCGUAAACUUUUAAAAGAAGGUGAGGCUAAGGAACCUAUUCUUAAGGAAAACGCCCAACGCUUUGUGCUUUUCCCCAUCAAGUACCAUGAGAUUUGGCAAAUGUACAAGAAGGCUGAAGCUUCCUUCUGGACCGCUGAGGAAAUUGAUCUCGGUAAGGACCUGCAUGAUUGGGAACACCGUUUGAAUGAUGAUGAAAAGUUUUUCAUUUCCCGUGUUUUGGCCUUUUUUGCAGCCUCAGAUGGCAUUGUUAAUGAAAAUUUGGUUGAGCGCUUUUCCGGUGAAGUUCAAAUCCCUGAAGCAAAAUGCUUUUAUGGCUUUCAAAUUAUGAUGGAAAACAUUCAUGCUGAAACUUACUCUCUUCUCAUUGAUACUUAUGUCAAGGAUCCUAAGGAAGCUGACUACCUCUUCAACGCUAUUGAAACAAUCCCCUGCAUUAAGAAGAAGGCUGACUGGGCUCUACGAUGGAUCUCAGACCAAGAAUGCGCCUUUUCUGAGCGUCUGGUAGCCUUUGCUGCCGUUGAGGGCAUUUUCUUUAGUGGCUCCUUUGCCUCCAUCUUUUGGCUUAAGAAGCGUGGCCUAAUGCCUGGCCUUACCUUUUCCAAUGAACUCAUUUCUCGCGAUGAAGGCAUGCACACUGACUUUGCUUGUCUGCUUUUCUCUCAUCUUGUCAACAGACCUUCGCCUGACGUUGUCGAGGCUAUCAUUACUGAGGCUGUUUCCAUUGAAAAGGAGUUUUUGACUGACGCCUUACCCGUUGCUUUGCUUGGUAUGAAUGCAAAACUUAUGUGCCAGUAUAUCGAGUUUGUUGCCGACAGACUGCUUGUGGCUCUGGGAAAUCAAAAAGUUUACAAUUCUUCAAACCCCUUUGACUUUAUGGAAAACAUUUCUCUUUCUGGUAAAACAAACUUUUUCGAAAAGCGCGUCUCGGAUUACCAAAAGGCUGGCGUCAUGGCUGGUACUAACAAGAUGAUGGGUGGUAAGGAAGAUGGCUUUGCUCUUGAUGAGGACUUUUAA